UUUAAUAAGUUCAGUUGAUCAAUAUCGAUCACCGGUGCAGGUCUAACUCAGCAGCAACGCCCUACACCAUUCCGUUUCCCGAGCAGAAAUACAAACUGAGAGGCUGUAUCGUAAGAAUUUGCCAUUUCCCGUUCACUAUAGCCGUAGCCUAUACUGCAACGAAGCUUCGAGGAGGAGGACCCCAGCGCAGCUCUUGGACAGUGGUUAGUCAGAUCGAAUGCAGCGGCAUGCACAGCAGUGUUGUGUUCACGAUGGACAUGCUUAGUAGUAUCGCGUUUUACGGUAUUCUGUUGUUGAGUUACAGCGCAGUGCACAGUAUCGACACAGACACGGUUAAUCAAAAUUUAUUGAGCAAGAGCCAAAAUGCAAACGAAACAUCAUUGUCAACUGCCGAACGUUUCCGACGCCUAAUACCUUACGUGACGUAUUACGUGGUCGGUAACAACGACCAAAAUGACGUGCCAUAUCAAUACCAAUAUCAAAACCAUAAUUCAAAUUCAAACACGCCCAGACCUUUACAGCCAAAUAACUUUUAUUUUCAAAAUGAAAGGAAACCGCAACAAAAACAACAGCCCCCCUCCCAGCAUCAACAUAAUUAUCUGAUAUCAAAUCAACAGAUGCAUCAACAACAACACGCUACGCCUGCGGGAUAUCUAAGAUUUCCAAGCUCUCCAAAACUUAAAAGGCCUAUUGUAAUAGCAACAACGACUGAAAUGCCGUACAUUAUCCACCAGACAGACAACUCGUACAAUUAUUAUUACGAUUACAGUCAAACGAGCCCCAAACCAAAUGUUCGAGCUAGUCCCAUUGUUAUUAAACAUGGCAAUCAUGCCGGAUUUUUACCGACGAUACCGCCAACUCCAAAUUCAUUUCCAGAACAACGAGAACAAUUGCAGUUUACGACCAAAACUAAAAAACAGAGAAGGCCAAAGCCAAAGAGACCCACAACACCGGUCACUACAACCACGACGACAGACAAAUACAGUGCACUCAACGAACUGUUGGACGGUUACGAUUUGGGAAAUCGUCUUUCAAACAAAAUCACGGCCGAUAACAUCGGUUCCAGUAUACAGACUUUGUCAGCUGUGUUACAGUUAUUGCAAAACGAGGCCGAUGAACAACAAGCGCGACCACUGCGACCAAAGAAACCUAAGCCGGAAUACCGUCCAGAUCCAAUUGACGAAUAUGAUGAUACUGGCGACGUAGGGAAUCCGGGAAGACCGGGCGUGGAUUAUCCGACGCUCUCAGUUAUACCUAAGACUAGCUUCGAUUGCAAAACUCAAAGAUAUAAGGGUUUCUUCGGAGAUCCAGAAACGCUGUGCCAAGUGUGGCAUUACUGUGACUUAAAUGGUGGUCAAGCAUCAUUUUUGUGCCCAAAUGGAACUAUAUUCAAUCAAGUAUCACUAACUUGUGACUGGUGGUUUAAUGUAAAAUGUGAUACUACAGCUCAACUCUAUGUGCUCAAUGAACGCUUAUACAAAUAUAUAAUACCAUCUAAACCUAGUUUUCCAGAAGAUUAUGAAGGACCUUUAGUAGAUAGAUAUUUAGAAGACAAAUUUAAGGAAACUGAAAAAAAUAGAGGCCAACAAAGAGCACCAAUGCCACCAGUAGUUAAUGUCACUACUGUUGAACCAGAAUCAGUAAGAACACCAUAUCAACAACUGCUAGAUGUAGAUGCAUAAAUUUCAAUAUGAACUGCUUUGUUCUAUAUUUAUGAUUUGCGAGAAAAAGGUAGGGCAAAUAUUAGGAAUGAAAUUAAUAAUAGAUAGGUGUAAAUACAAAAAAUAUAUAUAUUUUUAACUAAAUAGAAAAAUUAUAAAACUGACCUAGUUUCCAAAACUAGUUGGCCUGAAAACGUGCCAUUUUUAAUUUAAUACAACCACUAUAUUUUAUUUAUUAAUAAUUAGUAUGAUAUUAUGUAUUUAAGAGCUCAAAUUAAAAAUAGUUAAGCUGUAAAAAUGUUUAAUUACUAAAUUCAAUUUUUCAUAAUUAUUAAUAUGUCCACACAAUGAAACAAAGAUUAUGCAUACAAUUGUAAGAUUUUACAUUUAUCAACAGUAACAACAGUUACAUUAUUUUAUGUUUAUCAAAAAAUUAAUUUCUUGAAGAUUUCAACAACCAUAAAUCAGAUAACAAACAAUAAUUAUUUUAAAUGUCAACAAUGUUUAAAGUUAGGGCAAACAAUUUGUACAUAUUUUUUUACUACCUAAAUUUAUUCAUGUCAAUGUUCAAAUAAUUAGAAUAGCUUAUAUGUAAAUUGUUUGAUUAAUGUGCAUUACAGUUCAGAUAGUAAUAUUCCAAUUAAAUAUAUCAAAUUCAAUGGCAAAAGAGUUAGUAAGCAUUUCAAGAAAAUUAAUGCUCAAGAAACACAAAUACAUGUUUAUAAAGUUUCAAAAAUAAAACCUAUUUAAACCUAUUUUCAGAUUUAGGUAAUCAUUGUUUCAUAAUUACAGGCUUUUAUGUAAACAAGAAAUAUUACAAUUUCAAUAGUUUUUUUUUAUUGCCUAGUUAGAUAUAAGAUCACAUUUUUAAUUGUUUAUUAAAUUUAAUUAAAUAAUGAGUGUUGUAUGCCUUUAACAUGGCGGUUAAAAAAACUUUAUUUGUGCCAAAAUAUAUUUGAAAAUAUAGAAAAUGUUAGGUAUUGA